GGCGUUUGGAAUCGCAGUCUGGGGUGUUAAGGCUGUGUUUGACUUCCACAACCACAAGGGCUAUGCUAAUCUCUACAGCGUACAUAGCUGGUGUGGAUUGUCUACCGUCAUCCUCUUCGGUUGUCAGAUUCUGCUUGGUUUUGUAGGCUUUCUUUUCCCCAAGCUACCUGAUGGUCUUCGCGCAGCUUACCUUAAAGUACAUGUGUUCUUUGGGGUGUUUAUUUUUAUGAUGGCCAUCGGCAGUUGCCUAUUGGGAGUGAAUGAAGAGCUUUCUUUCAACCCCAACUACUCAAAACUACCACCUGUAGGAAUAUUGGGUAAUUCGUUGAGUGUCAUACUCAUCCUCCUAGCUGGCACAGUCAUGUUUGUGGUGACAAACUCAGCAUUCAAGAAGGUAAAUACAGGUGAAGAGCAAGUGUCGUUGAUAAAUGAAAGUCUAGCCUCUGCUUGACCCAUGGAGCACUUGGAUGAUGCCCAAUGUCUCAAACAUACCACCAAGUUGGCAAAUAGUCUCACACAGACAUCAGAGCGCACUUAGAAGGUGCCCAAUGUCUGCUACAUACCAACAAGCUGAGAUCCAGUCUCACACAGACUUCAUAGCGCACUUCGAUGGUGCCCAAUGUCUGUAACAAACCAACUAGUUGAUAUCGAGUCUCACACAGACAUCAUAGCGCACUUAGAAAGUGCCCAAUGUCUGCAACAUACGAACAAGUUGGCAUGAAGUCUCACACAGACAUUAUGCGCACUUAGAUGGUGUCCAGUGUCUGAAAAAUACCAACAAGUUGAUAUCGAGGGUCACACAGACAUCAUAGCGCACUCAGAUGGUGCCCAGUGUCUGCAACAUACCAACAAGUUAGCAUCAAGUCUCGCACAGACAUCAUAGCGCACUUAGAUGGUGCCUAGUGUCUGCCACAUACCAAAAGUUGGCAUCAAGUCUCAGACAGACAUCAUAGCGCACUUAGAUGGUGCACAGUGUCCGCAACGGAUCAACAAGUUGAUAUCGAGUCUCACACAGACAUCAAAGCGCACUACGAUGGUGCCCAGUGUUUACAACGUAACAACAAGUUCAUAUUGAGUCUCACACAGACAUCGUAGCGAGCUUAGAAGUUGCCUAAUGUCUGCAACAUACCAACAAGCUGAGAUCCAAUCUCACACAGCAUCAUGGCGCACUUAGAAAGCGCCGAAUGCCUGCAACAUACCAAAAAGCUGAGAUCCAAUCUCACACCGACAUCAUGGCGCACUUAAAUGGUGCCCAGUGUCGGCAACAUACCAACAAGUUUUCAUC